GGGCAAUUGUCUCGCAGCAGAAGCAGCAGCUGUCACGGUCGGUGACAUAGGUAGCGUCUGAACGGCACGUCCACUAGCUGUAUUCCCGGCAGUCCUACGGUGCGUCUAUUUAAAGAGAGGGGCAACAUGGCGGCACGCGGCUUAGUCCGACGAGAGUCCAUAGAGACGGAGAUGCAUACAGCCGAAGACAAAAGUAAAACCUUUGUUUACACAAAGAAAAGGGGGUAUGACGUGACCCGCAACCCCCACCUCAACAAGGGCAUGGCCUUCUCCCUGGAGGAGCGCCAGCAGCUGGGGAUCCAUGGCCUGCUGCCUCCCUGCUUCAUCAACCAGGACAUCCAGCUGCUCCAGGUGCAACGCAACUACGACAUGAAGAAGGACGACCUGGACAGAUACGUGUUUCUGAUGGGGCUCCAGGAUCGCAACGAGAAACUCUUCUACAGGGUGCUCACGUCUGACAUCGAGAAGUACAUGCCCAUCGUGUACACACCCACUGUGGGCCUGGCCUGCCAGCUCUACGGCCUGACAUUCCGGAGACCUAGGGGCCUGUUCAUCACUAUUCAUGACCGCGGCCACAUCGCCAACGUGCUCCAGAGCUGGCCAGAGAAAGACAUCCGGGCCGUGUGCGUGACGGACGGAGAGAGGAUCCUGGGGCUGGGGGACCUGGGCUGCUACGGCAUGGGUAUCCCGGUGGGGAAGCUGGCUCUCUACACGGCCUGUGGGGGCAUGCCACCCAUGCAGUGCCUGCCGGUCAUGCUGGACGUGGGCACAGACAACGAGGAGCUGCUGAAGGACCCUCUGUACAUCGGGCUGAGACACAAGCGAGUGCGGGGCCAGGCCUACGAUGACCUGCUGGACGAGUUCAUGAAGGCUGUGACCGACAGGUACGGCAUGGACUGCCUCAUUCAGUUUGAAGACUUUGCCAAUGUCAACGCAUUCCGUCUGCUCAACAAGUACCGGGACCAGUAUUGCACGUUCAACGACGACAUUCAAGGCACCGCUGCCGUGGCCGUGGCCGGCCUCCUGGCCGCCCUGCGCAUCACCAAGAGCAAGAUGUGCGAUCACACCAUCGUCUUCCAGGGAGCCGGGGAGGCAGCCAUGGGAAUCGCUGACCUCAUCACCAUGGCGAUGGAAAAGGAAGGACUUGCCAAGGAGCUUUGUCUGAAAAAGAUCUGGAUGGUGGACUCCAAGGGGCUCAUUGUGAAGGGACGAGAUAGCCUGACCCAUGAAAAGCUGAGGUUUGCUCAUGAACAUCCCCAAAUGAGGAGACUGGAGGAGGUGGUGAAGGAGCUAAAACCCACGGCCAUCAUCGGUGUGGCGGCGAUCCCAGGGGCCUUCACAGAGCAGAUCAUCAUGGACAUGGCUUCCUUCAACCAACGGCCCAUCAUCUUCGCCCUCAGUAACCCCACCAGUAAAGCGGAGUGCACGGCUGAGCAGUGUUACACCCUCACAGAGGGUCGGGGCAUCUUCGCCAGUGGCAGUCCGUUUGACCCCGUGACCCUGGAGGACGGCAGGAAGUUCUUCCCCGGCCAGGGAAACAACGCCUACGUGUUCCCAGGGGUGGGGCUGGGCGUCACCGCUGGUCUCCUCCGCCACAUCCCCGACGAAGUGUUCCUCAUCACCGCAGAGACCAUCGCUGAGCUGGUGACUGAGAAGGACCUGGCCGAAGGAAGACUCUACCCUCCGCUCAACUCCAUCAGGGAUGUCUCCCUCAAACUGGCUGUUAAGAUCUUGGAGCAGGGGUAUGCCAACGGCACGGCGACGCUGCGCCCCGAGCCGGCCGACAAGGAGGCGUUCGUCCGCUCGUUGGUCUACGGCACCGACUACCACGAGUUCUCGGUGGACGCCUACCGCUGGCCCGAGCCCGCCAUGGCCUUCCAGAGCUGCAAGCUGUGAACCUGACCCCCAGAUUCACAGCGGAGUGGGGGAGACAAGAGGGAGGGAGGGGGGGACGCAGAGAAGAGAAGAGAAGAGUGAGGGUGGGAGUGGAAGAGGAGGCAGAUGACUGUGUCAUUUAAUACAACUGUGCAAUAUGAUCGCAAUGCUGGAGUUUUCUUGUCUAGCUUUGUGUUUUUGAGGAUCAUUUUAGUGGCCGCUUAUAUAAUGUUGUUUGGAGGAUUAUAGGGGUGAUGAUACAUUUGGUAUGGUUAUAAAAGGUAAAAAAAAAAAUAUCCAUGAUUACCAGCAGUGAUUCGUUUAAUGCUUUUUCAUUUUGCUGCGUUGUAACGUUAUUCUCUGCGGCCCCAGUACACAGGUAUGCUGGAAUGGUAUCAUUGAAUCGAAUGGUGAAACUUGGGCAAUAUAUAUCCAAAAGACAGCUUCUCUCGGGGGCUGUGAUGUACUUGAAAUGCAUGAUAUUACAUAUUAUUUCUGAAAUUGCAUCGGUAGAAUCUUAAUAUUGACAGGGCACAUUCAUUCAUAAUGUCAAGAAACCUUUUUUGAACUGCCAACUAUAAAAUCUUUUAAUAUAGUGAAAUAAACAUUAAAAAAUA